UGAAGAGCUAUUUAUCCGCAACAAAGGAACAAUAGUGCCACAGAAAGCUGCCAAUCCAAGCUUCUAGACCCAGACAGAGAAAGAGAAGAUAGGUGAAACAGAGUUAUCUGACUGCUGUUCUUGAUAUUAUCGAUCCAUGUCCUUUAUUCUUUUCGGUUGAAAGGAUUUAUCUGUUUUUUGCGGAGCUCUGUGAAAAUCAGACAGUCAUGGGUGACAAAGAUGAAACCUUGGAGGCUGUCCUGAAGGAAGCUGUGGAUUUGGAGAACGUGCCAAUUGAAGAGGUUUUUCAAACUCUGAGAUGUAAUUCAAAUGGUCUCACUACAGAGGCUGCAGAGCAGAGACUUGCUAUUUUUGGAUAUAAUAAGCUUGAGGAAAAGCAGGAGAGUAAGAUUUUGAAGUUCUUGGGUUUUAUGUGGAACCCUCUUUCAUGGGUCAUGGAGGCAGCAGCUAUCAUGGCUAUUGCACUUGCCAAUGGAGGAGGGAAACCACCUGACUGGCAAGAUUUUGUAGGAAUUAUUACUUUGCUUCUCAUAAAUUCUACAAUUAGUUUCAUAGAAGAGAACAACGCUGGUAAUGCUGCUGCUGCUCUCAUGGCUCGUCUUGCUCCCAAAGCCAAGAUCCUUCGAGAUGGAAGCUGGAUUGAGGACGAUGCUUCCAUUCUUGUUCCUGGUGAUAUUAUCAGCAUUAAGCUUGGAGAUAUCCUUCCUGCAGAUGCUCGUCUUCUUGAAGGUGAUCCAUUGAAAAUUGAUCAGUCUGCUCUUACCGGCGAGUCUCUUCCUGUGACAAAAGGACCGGGUGACAGUGUUUAUUCAGGUUCUACAUGCAAGCAAGGAGAGAUUGAAGCUGUGGUCAUUGCUACAGGUGUUCAUACAUUCUUUGGCAAGGCUGCCCAUCUUGUGGAUACGACAAAUCAAGUUGGACACUUUCAAAAGGUAUUGACUGCUAUUGGGAAUUUCUGUAUAUGCUCCAUAGCCAUGGGGAUGAUAAUAGAAAUAAUUGUCAUGUACCCAAUUCAACACCGAAAAUACCGUCCAGGAAUUGAUAAUUUACUAGUACUUCUCAUUGGAGGCAUUCCUAUUGCAAUGCCGACAGUUUUAUCUGUGACAAUGGCAAUAGGGUCCCAUCGUUUAUCUCAGCAGGGAGCUAUAACAAAACGAAUGACAGCGAUAGAAGAAAUGGCAGGCAUGGAUGUUCUUUGCAGUGACAAAACUGGAACUCUAACCUUGAAUAAACUUACAGUUGAUAAGAAUUUGAUUGAGAUUUUAGCUAAAGGAGUAGACGCAGAUACUGUGGUUCUGAUGGCAGCAAGAGCUUCUCGAGUAGAAAACCAGGAUGCAAUAGAUGCUGCAAUAGUGGGAAUGUUGGCUGAUCCAAAAGAGGCACGAGCUAAUAUUCAAGAAAUUCACUUCCUUCCUUUCAACCCAAUGGACAAGCGAACUGCUCUGACAUAUAUUGAUAGUGAAGGCAAAAUGCAUCGUGUCAGCAAAGGUGCACCAGAGCAGAUUCUGAAUCUUGUACACAACAAAUCAGAGGUAGAACGUAGAGUUCAUGCAGUGAUCGAUAAGUUUGCAGAACGGGGUUUACGAUCUCUUGCAGUGGCAUACCAGGAUGUUCCCGAUGGUAGAAAGGAAAGCUCAGGAGGUCCCUGGCAAUUUAUUGGCCUCAUGCCUCUGUUUGACCCACCUAGACAUGAUAGUGCAGAUACUAUACGAAGGGCAUUGAAUCUUGGGGUAAAUGUGAAAAUGAUAACAGGUGAUCAACUAGCAAUAGCAAAGGAAACAGGACGCCGUCUCGGAAUGGGAACCAAUAUGUAUCCUUCAUCAGCCUUAUUAGGACAUAACAAGGAUGAGUCAAUUGCUGCUUUGCCUGUUGACGAACUUAUUGAAAAAGCAGAUGGAUUUGCUGGUGUUUUCCCUGAGCACAAGUACGAGAUUGUCAAACGUUUACAAGCUAGGAAACAUAUAUGCGGAAUGACUGGUGAUGGAGUAAAUGAUGCUCCUGCUCUUAAGAAGGCUGACAUUGGAAUAGCUGUUGCUGAUGCAACUGAUGCAGCUCGUAGUGCUUCUGACAUUGUCCUAACAGAACCUGGUCUCAGUGUUAUCAUUAGUGCUGUCCUAACUAGUCGGGCAAUAUUCCAGAGGAUGAAAAAUUACACAAUAUAUGCAGUCUCAAUUACAAUCCGUAUCGUGCUUGGCUUUAUGUUGCUGGCACUCAUCUGGCAGUUUGACUUCCCACCCUUCAUGGUGCUGAUCAUUGCUAUCCUUAAUGAUGGCACCAUUAUGACAAUAUCAAAGGAUAGAGUGAAACCAUCUCCUCAGCCAGACAGUUGGAAGUUGGCAGAAAUAUUUACAACUGGAAUCAUUCUUGGUGGCUACUUGGCUAUGAUGACUGUCAUUUUCUUUUGGGCAGCAUACAGGACAGAUUUCUUUCCUAAAACAUUUGGGGUUUCAAGCCUUCAAAAGAAGGAUGAGGAAGACUUUAGAAAGCUUGCCUCAGCAGUCUACCUGCAAGUGAGCACCAUUAGCCAGGCCCUCAUAUUUGUGACUCGGUCUAGGAGUUGGUCGUUUAUUGAACGUCCUGGCCUUUUACUCGUAGCAGCUUUUGUUGUUGCUCAGCUUAUCGCUACUUUAAUUGCCGUCUAUGCAAACUGGAGCUUCGCUGCAAUUGAGGGCACUGGAUGGGGUUGGGCUGGCGUUGUCUGGCUUUACAACCUUAUCUUCUAUUUCCCACUUGAUUUUAUCAAGUUCAUCGUCCGAUACGCCUUGAGUGGGAAAGCUUGGGAUCUUGUUAUCGAGCAAAGGAUUGCCUUCACAAGGAAAAAGGAUUUCGGAAAGGAAGAACGUGAGCUUAAAUGGGCACAUGCACAAAGGACCCUGCAUGGUUUGCAUCCACCUGAUACCAAGAUGUUCCAUGAGCGCAGUAAUUACACUGAACUUAAUCAGAUGGCUGAAGAGGCAAAAAGACGAGCUGAGAUUGCAAGACUGAGAGAACUGCAUACACUGAAAGGGCAUGUUGAAUCAGUAGUGAGACUGAAGGGCCUAGACAUCGACACGAUUCAGCAAGCAUACACAGUUUGAGAGAUGUGAUAGUUUUUGGAUCCUCAGAGGUAAUGUUGUAGUUUUGAAAGAUGAGAGUGAAAUGUGUAAUUUCAUCUUCUGAAUCUAUAAAAACCAUAAUCCACUAGCUUUGUGUAUCAUAUUCUAGGACAGGUGUUUCACAGUAUAUGCAACAAAACUUUUGUUAUAACCUUAUUUUGUUUUCUAAGUUUCUUCUAUUCUUCUCUUCA